AUGGCAAAAGACAAGAAGAAGGGCUCAGAGGCCAAAAAAGCCAAGAAGGCUGAAAAGGCUGCCAAACAAGCCAGCAAGGGCGAGAAGAAGGCCAAGAGCAAGUCGGCUAAGAUCGAGGGUAGCGACGCCGAGGAUGUGGACCUCGAUGAGGUGCUCGAGGAGUAUCGUCGGCAGCAGGAGCAAUUCCUCAAGAUCACCGAGACGGUCUGUGAUGCGCCCCCUAGGCCUCGCGCCGCGUCCACGAUUAUGGCCUCGCCCCACGACAGCAACAGCCUUCUGCUCUUUGGCGGCGAGUAUUUCAACGGCUCCCUCGCACAGUUCUACAACGACCUGCACAUCUACAACGUGAACCGCGAUGAAUGGCGCUGCGUUACCUCUCCCAAUGCCCCUCUUCCACGAUCUGGUCAUGCCUGGACGCGAUCCAGCAAUCCAAGCUUUGUGUACCUCUUCGGCGGAGAGUUCUCCUCGCCCAAGCAAGGGACCUUUCAUCAUUAUUCCGACUUUUGGAGACUCGAGCCUGCCACGAGAGAGUGGACCAAGAUCGAGGUCAAGGGCAAGGAUAAGAGUCCUCCCGCCAGGAGCGGGCAUCGCAUGACGUACUGGAAGCAGUACAUCAUCCUCUUUGGCGGGUUCCAGGAUACAUCGAAUCAAACCAAGUAUAUGGCGGAUCUCUGGAUCUUCGACACAGUCAACUACAUGUGGCACUGUCCGACACUGCCCCCCGCUCAGCUCAAACCAGACGCGAGGUCGUCUUUUACUCUGCUACCGUGCGACUCGGGAGCCGUUUUAUUUGGCGGAUAUUCGCGGGUCAAGGCGACGGUGGCUCUGAAGAAGAAAGGCACGACCAAGGCACAGUCACAGGGGCAGAAGAAUGUCCUGAUCCCAAAAGUGCACGACGAUUGCUUCUUCCUGCGAAUGGCCCCGCCUGCUUCCGACGCCAAUCCCAUGUCUCCCCCGACAGUGCGGUGGGAGAGACGCAAGAAGCCGGCCAAUGCCCCUAACCCCUCUCGCGCGGGUGCAACCAUGACCUGGCACAAAGGUCGUGGUAUCCUCUUCGGCGGCGUCCAUGAUGUGGAACAGAGCGAAGAGGGCAUGGACAGCGAGUUUUUCAAUCAGCUCUUCGCCUGGAACAUUGAGCGAAAUCGCUUCAUGCCUCUGGGACUACGGAAGCCCCGUCAACAGAAGAAGAACGCUCCCGAACAGCGCGUGGGCCGCCGUGGUCGCGCACAGGCGAACGAGGAGGAGCUCCUACGUCAGCUUGCAGCCCUCGAGACGGGUGCUUCUCUGGACGACGCAGACGGCAUCGAAAUCGAGAAGAAGGUGGAAGAGCCGGAUGAGGACGACAAGCCGGUCAGGGAGAUGCCAGUCACGAUGGAACCGCCACAUGUCAGGUUCAACGCACAGUUGGCCGUCCAAGACGACGUUCUAUACAUCUACGGCGGCACGUUCGAGAAGGGUGAUCGGGAGUUUACCUUUGAUGAUCUCUACGCAAUUGACCUGAGUAAACUCGACGGAUGCAAGGAAGUUUUCAGCAGGCCUGUGGAGGAUUGGAUCGAAUCGGAGGACGAGGAAGACGACGAAGAUGAGGACGAGGACGAGGAGGAAGAUGACGAGGAUGAGGAUGAGGAAGGCGAUGAACAGGAACAGCCACUUCAUACACCCAGCAAGCGCAAGAAGAAGGAGGAUGCCAUGUCGGACACAACUUCCGAGACGGCGUCAACCCCGGCAAUUGCGUCGGAAGAGGAAGAGACCGAGAUGGCAGCCACGUCAGUGGACGACGGCCUGCCACACCCGAGGCCAUUCGAGUCUCGGCGGGAAUUCUUUGUGCGCACGACGGCCGAGUGGCAGGAAGUGCUAAUGACAAGCCUCCGGUGGAAGAACAUACAGCCCGAAACGCUGACCGUCAAGGAGAUCAAGACCAAGGCGUUUGAGCUCAGCGAGGAGAAGUGGUGGGACUGCCGCGAGGAGAUCCUGGCGCUCGAGGAAGAGCAGGAGGCGGCGGGUAUUCAGGAGGUGGUGAGCCUUGCGGAGAGGGGCGACGCGGGCGCCGGCCCAGGGGCGAGGCGGCGAUAG